GCGGCCGUCUCAGAUCACCGUCAAUCCUCUUCUAGAUCCAACUCUAUCUCGUUCUCUGCACAUACCAGGAAACCACAAACCUAUAAUAACCCGUUGUUGCCCCAACACCAAUACUACCUCCGACAACAGACCCGCUCCAUCAACACAUCUUUCCUCCGAGCCCUCGGUAUCACUCCACCGCAAAAGCAAACUACAAUGCCUGCCGCUCCUUGCCCUUCCACUCCCACCGAGAUCCUCGCCCGCAACUCCAUCUGGGCUGCCAACAUCGCCGAGUCCAACCCUGACCUCUUGGCUCGUAAUGCUGCCGGUCAGUCUCCCACUGUCUUGUGGAUCGGAUGCUCCGACUCUCGUGUCCCUGAGACCACCAUUCUCGACCUCCUUCCCGGAGAGGUCUUCACUCACCGUAACAUUGCCAACGUCGUCCCCGUCGGUGACCUCUCCGUCGAGUCCGUCGUUCAGUACGCUGUUGCUGUCUUGAAGGUCAAACACGUGGUUGUCUGUGGUCACUACGGAUGCGGUGGUGUCCAGGCCGCUUUGGGCGAUGCCAAGUUGGGUCGCAUUGAUGCUUGGUUGGCCAACAUCCGCGCCGUCCGUGACGCCAACAAGGAGACCCUCGACAAGAUCACCGACGAGAAGGAGAAGUGGACUAAGCUCGUCGACCUUAACGUCCUCGCACAGGUCGAGAACGUCCACAAGUUGGAGUGGGUUCAGGAUGCUAUCAAGGAGGGUCGCUUGGAUGUCCACGCUUGGGUCUACGACUUGGCGUCCGGUCGUUUGUCUGAGGUCAAGAAGGAUUAAAUGCUAAAAGAUUGAAGAGUUUGUCUGCUUAUUUGCUAUGGGAUUCCGAGCCGGCGUUUUUG